GGCUGAUGACGUGCUGCAAGCCAAGACUUCUGGAUCACUUUAGGGAGCUGGAAGGGCUUAGAGCUUCGAACUCGUAUCAUUAUCGAAUGAAACUCAUCAUGCAUGAUCAACUUGUUGCUUCGGCUCCUGAUAAGCGGAUAUCGUUUCACUGUUUCGACAUUAACCCCCACCCGCUCAAAGUGAUCGUUGCCCUAGUCUCAAUCUGGCUCAUGAGUUUAAUCCGGAAAUAGCGGAGAUGUCAUAGUUCCAGGAGCGAAUCUCUUCGACCAACCAUAGCUUUACGGUUACCACAAUCAUGGUUCUCAAGCAUGUGAUUGCCGUUUCGGCGGCCUUGCUCUGCCGAUUAAAUCUCUGCUCUGGUCGAGAACAACCAGCAGUGACAUACUAUCCAUCAAGCCCCAAUACGCCCAGCGUCACCGUGUAUGGUUCGAAGCAAUCGGCCGAUAUCGAUUUGUUCUUCGGGAUCCCAUUUGCAAAGCCUCCUCUUGGAGACCUGAGAUUCCAAGCGCCUCAACCUCCCGACGCUUUGCCAUCAAGUAUCAACCAGACUGGGUACCGACCGGGAUGUAUGAGCAGUGGCUCAGAUGUCAGCGAGGAUUGUCUUUACCUGAGUGUAUGGAGGCCGAACAAAUGUACGGGGACAGAUGCACUACCUGUGUUUGUGUGGUUGUAUGGAGGUUCGUUUAUUGAAGGCUCUGCCGGAGCCUUCAACUUCACAGACUUUCUCGAGACGGCCAUCGAAAGAAGUCAACCCAUGAUAAUCGUCACGCCCAACUACAGACUGGGCCCUUUUGGAUUUGGCUGCGGACAAGAAUACCUGUCACACAACGCAUCAAACUCUGGACUGAAAGAUGUAGUCGCGGCUCUUAAUUGGGUACAAGAGAACAUCAAGAGCUUCGGCGGCGAUCCCAACAGGGUCACACUCGGUGGUCAGUCUGCAGGAGGCGUUGCUGCCUCUCUGAUGACUCUGAUCAAAGACCCUCCCAAAUUGAACGGCAUUGUUCUGAACUCCGGGUACCCGUCAGCGAAUCCACUGGCACCUACGACCGAGGGAUUCCCAGAGCUCUAUCCCGCCCUGCUAGACGCGACGAACUGCACCAAUUCGAAUGACACCUUCCAAUGCUUGAGAGCGAUCGAUGCUGUCAUUCUACAAAACGCCACGAAUCAGCUCCGAGAGGAGCCCAGAUUCGCCUUGGGUUUCCCCUGGAAUCCGAAUGUCGACUAUGAUCUCAUACCUGACCGCCCAUCCUAUUUGCUCAGCCAGGGCAAGUUCGCCAGAAUCCCCAUUUUGGCCGGUGAUGAUCUAGACGAAGGGACCAUCUUCGUACAGACCGAUACAAAUAGUACGCAAGGGGUCGUGAACCAAAUCGAGUGGCUAGAGCCAGUGAAUCCGUCACAAGCAUCGGUCGAUACCUUGCUUGAGCUGUACUCAAACGUGCCUGCUUUAGGAUGUCCUUAUGGCACAGGGAAUCAGACAUUUGGGUUGAAUCCCCAAUACAAACGCAUCGCUUCCAUGUACGGUGAUCUCGCUUUCCAACAUGCUCGAAGGUGGAUGCUGGAGCAGAUGAAUGCCAAUGACUGGUGUCAGACCUGGACAUGGCUAUGGGAUGCUUCUCCACACCCGGGUACCCGGACAGGAAUCUCUCACACGUUUGACGCCCAAUACUUCCUUGGUCAAGUCGACGAGAGGGACUCUGGACCCGCUGGAGUAGCUAUCUCAAGUCUGGCUCUAGAAUACUGGCUCAACUUUAUUCACUAUGCCGACCCUAAUGGUCAGUGUCCAGGAGAAAUCACCUAUUGGCCAAAAUACCAGGAGGGCGGGGCGAGUGCCAAUAUGCUGUUGUUCAGCGGUGGGAACACGACCUUCAAUGCUUCUGUCAUCCAGGAUGAUUACAGGAAGGAGCAGAUUGCGUACAUCAACGCUCAUCUUAUCGAUUUCAACUCGUAAAUGACCCACACUGUAUCGAGUAUGCCUGCCUUGCUUGCAUGCCCCUCGCCACGAAAAUUUGAGUCUUCGGUUAUGAGCGAACAUUGAUACCCGACCCGUUGCUCGACCGUCUUUGAACAUUGCCAUCUCUACUCUCAGCACAGCUAACAAGAGCAUGGACAGUCAGAGCCUGUUCAGUGUCAGGGGAAAGGU